GCUGAUCCUCCAACUUCCUGUUCCAUGCCCCGUAGUUUGGCCGUGAGGGAUGAGUUCCUGGGAAGAAAACAGAGUAACUCUAUGAAAUUGGAUUAAAAAUUCAAGCAAACAUGAGCUGGAUUCCCUUCAAGAUCGGGCAGCCCAAGAAGCAGAUUGUCUCCAAAACUGUUGAAAGAGACUUUGAGAGAGAAUAUGACAAGCUGCAAAAGCUGGAGGAUCAGACAAAAAAGCUUCACAAGGACAUGAAGAAAAGCACGGAGGCUGAUUUAGCCAUGUCGAAAGCGGCGGUGAAGAUCUCCGCCGACCUUCUGAGUAACCCGCUGUGCGAGCAGGACCAGGCCUUUUUCGAGUCCAUGACGGCUUUGGACACAGCCAUGAAGACGAUGGACUCUUUCAACCAGGAGAAGGUCAACCAGAUCCAGAAGACCGUUAUAGACCCUCUGAAGAAGUACAGCGCCGUCUUCCCCAGCCUCAACAUGGCCGUCAAACGUCGCGAGCAGACCUUGCAGGACUACAAGCGCCUGCAGUCCAAAGUGGAGAAGUACGAGGAGAAAGAGAAAACCGGGCCCGUGAUGGUCAAACUGCACCAGGCCAGAGAGGAGCUGCGACCGGUCAGGGAAGACUUUGAGGCCAAGAACAAGCAGCUGCUGGACGAGAUGCCCAAGUUCUACCACAGCCGCAUCGACUACUUCCAGCCCAGCUUCGAGGCUCUGAUUCGGGCGCAGGUGGUGUAUUUCACGGAAAUGUACAAAGUCUUCAGCGAGCUGACGGAUCAGAUCGACCAGGCGGGCCUGACCGACGAGCAGCGGCAGAGGGAGAGCGAGGCCAAGCUCAACGAGCUGCGCGCUCUCUCCAUCGUGGCCGACGACUGAGACGUCGGACGCUUCGCCAAACGGAGGCGCCGAACAUAUCGAAGCCACCGCCGUGGCUUUUAAACCGGUUAGUCCUUCCCCACUGCUUGUUUUAUCGGAGGCCACAUUCAUAAAGCCAUCAAGCCAACGCGACCUUACCGCUUUCCUCGAACGGUGGCCGUCCCGCAAUCCAUGUCUUAAAUUAAACGACGUAUGUUCGAUGUCGUAUGCCCGUUUGAAUCGCCGGUUAGGUGCUUCCGUGUCGGUUCGCAACGGUAUCAGUAAACCGUCAUUCAGAUGUGUAGGAAGUGUCAUUCUUGUACAAUAAAUUAUAUUUCUGAUCAUUAGCUCAGCGAUUGCUAUUGUUCUCACACAGACUGUGUGUGUGUGUGCGCACCCAUUCCAAGUCUGUUACUACCCAAAACAGCAGCACCUCAGUUAUCGCUCCAUAGUUGUGUCCCACUCUGUCCUGGAAUCAUGCUUUUUGUUUUAAACUCCAGAUCAAUUGACAGCAAUUGUAGGACAGUAUAACGAUGAUUCUGUUCAUUAUUAUUUCCCCCAAUAUAUAUAUAUUUUUAUUUUUUGGGUGCUUACAAGGUGCCAGUUGUUGACUACUGUUUGAUUUUAUUUAUUUAUUUUUUUUUAUCACGUUAAGCAGACGCAAUCACUCUUCUGGUCUAGACUUUUUUUUCUCACACCCGACGUUAUCUUUUCGUUGUACGCGUUGACAUCUUUGUGGCGCAUGAAGCAGCAAAAUGGCUCAAAAGUUGACAUGGGGAAGCGAACGGACGGUGCAGUCGGCCUCAGUCAAAAUCGAGCCAAGUGCUCCCUCUAGUGG